UGCUACACUCGACCAAACAGAUCCUCAAACACAAGACCGAUGUCCCAUCCUCACCCAUCUUCAUCGGGAACCCCAAAAUCCAAAACCAAACAUACCAAGAUCACUUCCCACUCACCAUCAUCGGAGAAACACGACAAGAAGAAGCACAACAAGAUGGGCGACGAGAAUGCGACCACCAACAAUUACAAAAUGUUCAUGUUCUUCAACCGCAAGUUCAAGAUCAGAGAGUUGAGCCCACCUCCCGAUGUCAAGGAACUCUUCUCCAAGUUCGCCGCCGGCGCUGACGUAAUGUCCCCCGACCAGUUCUUUAACUUUUUGAUCGAACACCAGCACGAGAAGGUUUCCUUGGCCGAUGCCAAACGCAUCUUACAUGAGUUCUCUCUCCGGCGACACCAUACUAUGAAGCCCAAGAAAGACAAAGACAAGAAGAAAGAGCACAGAACCGCCGGCGAACACGGCCUCACUCUCGACGACUUCUUCAAUUUUCUCUUCGAGGAAGAAUUCAACGGCCCCAUCAAACGUGAGGUACACCAUGACAUGACAGCUCCGUUGUCGCAUUAUUUCAUAUAUACAGGACAUAAUUCAUACCUGACUGGAAAUCAACUCAGCAGUGACUGUAGUGAUGUCCCAAUCAUCAGGGCCUUGGAAAAAGGGGUCAAAGUGAUUGAGCUUGAUUUAUGGCCUACGUCUUCGAAAGAGGAUGUUCAAGUUUAUCACGGAAGGACCUUGACGGCUCCUGUGACACUUGUCAAAUGCUUGAAAUCCAUUAGAGAACAUGCUUUUGUUAAAUCUUCCUACCCUGUUGUUAUUACUUUCGAAGAUCACCUUACUACCAAGCUUCGAGUUAAAGUUGCAGAGUUGGUUACCCAAAUAUUUGGAGAUAUAUUGUAUUAUCCAAAGUCAGAAGACCCGAUGACAGAAUUUCUGUCACCUGAAGCUUUAAAACAUCGAAUUAUAAUCUCAACAAAGCCACCGGUAGUAGGCGAAGGUAAUGACAAGGAUUCAUCUGAAGAAUCGGAAGUGAGUGACAGUGAUAGAGAAGGUGAGAGCAAAGCUGCAGUUGACAUCAAACCGGUCCAGUCAGAAGCGCCUGAAUAUGCGUCACUUAUAACAAUCCAUGCUGGGAAACCACGGGGUGGUUUUAAAGAGGCUUUAGAGGUUGGUGAGAAAGUAAGACGUCUCAGUUUGAGUGAACAAAAACUAGAAAAGGCUGCAGAAGACCAUGGAGCUGAUAUUGUUAGGUUCACACAGAGGAACAUUUUAAGGAUCUACCCCAAAGGAACACGAGUUACUUCCACGAAUUACAAACCGCAUGUUGGGUGGAUGCAUGGAGCUCAAAUGGUUGCGUUUAAUAUGCAGGGACGAGACAAAUUACUUGAGCUGAUGCAUGGGAUGUUUAGAGCCAAUGGAGGGUGCGGUUACUUGAAAAAGCCUGCCUUUUUGAUGCAUAGGGGUCCAAAUAAUGAGGUUUUUGAUCCUAAAAGGACCUUGAUGGUAACAAAGACAUUGAAGGUGAAAGUAUACAUGGGAAAUGGAUGGCACUUGGAUUUUAGUCAAACACACUUCGAUAGAUUCUCCCCACCAGACUUCUAUACAAAAGUUUAUAUUGUUGGAGUGCCUGCAGAUUGUGUCAAGCACAAAACAGAGAUAAUCUACGACGAAUGGAUACCCGUUUGGAAUCAAGAGUUUACAUACCGUAUGAGCGUUCCAGAGCUUGCUAUACUUCGGAUUGAAGUCCGAGAUUCUGACAGGUCUGACAAAGAUGAUUUCGGCGGCCAGACAUGUUUGCCUGUCUCGGAGCUAAAAUCUGGGAUCCGGUCAGUCCCACUUUACGAUCACAAGGGCGAGAAAUACACAUCUGUAAGGCUCCUAAUGAGGUUUCAAUUCGAGUCGAAUCUCGCACCUGCCUAGUCUAUACUCCACAGCAAUCAUCCUUUUCCAUCAUGGCUUUGUGGCCUUUGUCAUGGUUUUCAAUAGCAUACAGGUACUCGAUGUGUAAUUAGUGAGAUUAUUGAUCAUGUUAUAGGAUUACUUUGUAUUGAAGCCAUGACAUUUACUCGAAAGAAGGUGCUAGUGGAUAGUGGAGUUGUCCACUCUUACAAAAAUCAAUGAUCAGUUUAUCUAAUCAAUCAUUAGAACAGC